AGGUAAGCAUGGCUACUUGUCUUGCCUAUUUCGGCUGUCAUUCUAUAUAUUAAUUGCUUGAUUGCUUCUUCUCUGUUUCACAUCCACUUUGACCAUGAACCUGCUUGCAACUGAAAGCUUCUCUUCAUGUUCCUCAUCAUCUGUGGAUGAUGAUUUCCUGAUAAGGAACAUCCUCCUCACUCAUGACCCUGAUGGUCGCCACCUUGAUUCUGAGCUUCUGCUUCGUGCAACGGAAAAUAUCAUGUGUUAUGCCACUACACUAGAUGUUUUGGACCAACGUUUUGAUGCCAUUGGAACCAGUAAUAUAUGUAAUAUUGAAGCUAUUGCAUCUGAAGAACCAUGGGGACAGACCAUUUAUAAGAUGUCACAGGAGAUACACUGCAGGUGCUAUGUUGAUGGGGAUUUACACACACAGGCAAUGUCCUUGUUUGAUAUGCUAGGGCCUUACAGAUGGGAUGCAAAGGUAGCUUUAGUGCUUGCUGCAUUUGCAACAAGCUAUGGUGAGUUUUGGCUCAUACUGCAACUAUAUGCUCGUGACCACCUCGCAGCAGCAGUUGCAAUACUCAAGCAUAUGCCUAGUGACAUAAGCUGGCUAAAGCCGCGAUUUAAGGCCUUGAACUUGCUGGUUAAGACUAUGGUUGAAGUGACGAAGUGUAUUAUCAAAUUUGAAGGAUUACCUUUGCAACAAGUACUUUUGGAUAGCAAGGCAAUGGCAGUUACAAAGUCUCAGAUUUACAUAGCUACUUACUGGAUCUUUAGAAGCUCAUUGGCAUGCUGCUUUCAAAUCACAGACUUGAUGAAACAUGAGCAAGUGUAUUCUAAAUCAACACCCAUUGCUGCAUUGGAACUCUUAAGUUUAGCAUAUAAGUUAAGGGGAUUAUGCAGAAACCUCAGAGAGCAGGUGGAUCUGUGCCAUCAACAGAUAGAGAAAGGGUGGUAUAAGAAGCUACUGAAUCUCUUCAAGGAGACCCAUGCUGACAAUCAAGAGGUUCUUCAUACGUUAUUUGCUUUGAAGGAUGAAUUGCCAUUUAGGAAUUGUUCCUCACAAACAAAGCCCAGUUGUGUUCAUGUAGAGAAAGGGUGGUAUAAGAAGCUACUGAAUCUCUUCAAGGAGACCCAUGCUGACAAUCAAGAGCUAGGCAUAUCUGAACUGAAAAGUAAGGUAGUCCUUCUCCUGAUCUCAAAGCCAGAGCUACUCUCCAUAGACGGAAUACUCUUGCUGGUGCAACAGACUUAUGAUCAUCCUGAUCAUAAGAACUUGGGGGGAAGCUAUGAAAUUUUAUGGGUUCCAAUUCCGUCUUCUGAUACAUGGAAUUUUGCUGAAGAAAGAAGUUUUGAUUUUUAUGCCAACUCCUUGCCAUGUUUAUCAAUUCGGCGACCGUGGUUACUUAACUCAGUAGUGGUGAAGUUCAUCAAAGAAGAGUUGAACUACAAAGAGGAGCCCUUAAUGGUAGUUUGGGAUGUUCGAGGUAUGGUUACCAACUCAAAUGCCAUUGAUAUGAUGUUGAUCUGGGGAGCGAAGGCCUUCCCCUUUUCAGCUUCAAGAGAAAAGAAGCUAUGGGAAACAGAGAAUUGGACACUACAAUUUAUGGUUGAUGGAAUCGACACUCUAUUGACUAAGUGGGUGGAAGAAGGAAAAAACCUCUGCAUUUUCAGCAGUUCCAGUCUGGAUUGGAUCAGAGAAUUCAGUUCUAAAGUGAAGGAAAUUAAAAGCACAGGAAUGCAGCUUGACAUGAUCUAUGUUGGUACGAGGAAUCAAAGUGAACAUGUUCAGAAAAUUUUAGCCAUCAUUGACGACGAAAAGCUAGGUAGUUCCCUUACUUUGAUCAAGAUGAAUUUCUUUUGGAUAAGGUUAGAUAGUAUGAAAAAAUCAAUUGUCCGCCAAGAACAAACAGUUCAUACUCAGAGGAUUUUAGAGGAAGUUUCAGAAAUACUAGACAGUGAUAAGAUUGAGAAAGACUGGGUAGUAAUUGGGAGGGGGUCUGCAACAGGUUUAGUGAAACUUCAGGGGAAGAAAAUCAUGGAAUACUUUGAUCUUUUCCCGGUGUGGGGGGAAAAUGUGGGGAAGGUGGGAUUAAUGGCUGCAAUAAGAGCUGCCCUUGAACCUCCUCUUCCGGCUACGCGUUGCAAUUACUCUAAUGUAGUUUCAUAUGAUGAAAGAUUGAUGGAAGGAACUGUAGUCUGUGAACAAUGCAAGCGACCCAUGGAGAAGUUUGUAAUUUAUGAAUGAGAUUAAAAUGAGUGUAAGUGUUUCCCUUCAUUUGCUUAUCUUGUGAGAACAUUUGUAUGAGAAAGUACCAAAGAAUAGUAAUUGUUUUAAGCAGCCUGGUUGUAUAUUUGUCUUUGUAUGACUGACUGGUUCAUANU